AUGUCAACGACCGAUUCAACAGAUCCAGCAAAACUAUUGCAGCCUCGUUCUACCGCGGUGGCCAACACAGAAUUCGGGAACCAUACCAAUCUACAUCAAGGGGAUCAAAAUAUAGGGCAGUCCAACGUCCAUGUGACUUACAAUUAUGGGACUUGGGUAUCACAGAAUGCAAGUUUCGAUUAUGAUGGCGAUCAGUCCAGUGGUGCCUGCUGGACCGUUCCGUUUGGCCGAAAUAAGGACUUCAUUGGUCGCGAAUUGGUUCUGAACCGACUGCUCGAAAUAAUUCCCCCCGAUGCAGAUAAAGACGACUGCCAACAAAUCGCCAUCGAAGGACUUGGUGGCAUUGGAAAAACUCAAAUCGCGCUCGAGGCCGCUUUCCGUAUCCGUGAUAAAUACAAGGACUGCCAUGUCUUCUGGGUUCCGGCUAUCGAUAUCUCCACCUUUGAGAAUGCUUACCGUGAGAUCGGCCGAGCACUAAAGAUACACGGGAUUGAUGACACUCAAGCAGACGUCAAGCAGCUUGUAAAAGCAGCACUAAGUGGAUGCAACAACAAGUGGCUCUUAAUUAUCGACAACGCCGACGACGUCGACUUAUUUAGUACUAACAAAGCUGCGCUAAGCAAUCUUUUACCUUUCAGUCUUAUGGGAUCUAUUCUCUUUACAACCCGAAAUGAUGAGGUUAGCCAGAAGCUUGAUAUCCGAAGGGAGAGCAUUAUUCGUUUGUCAGAAUUGGGUCGAUCAGAAGCAGUUGAAAUGUUGCAGAAGGGUUUAUCAGCACAUCAAAUAAGUGACAUACAAAGUAUGAUAAGCUUACUUGAUUUUCUAGCUGAUUUACCUCUUGCUAUUAAGCAAGCAUCUGCAUAUAUGGUGAAGACUGGAAUAAAGGUUACAAGAUACCUCGAAUACUGCAGCUCCAGUGAUGAGCGCUUAAUUGAGUUGUUAAGCAAGGAUUUUGAAGAUCGGGCGCGUUAUAAGAGCACCGACGCCCGGAAUCCAGUUGCUACAACAUGGUUGAUUUCUUUCAACGACAUCUCCCGAAGCAAGCCGCUCGCCGCUAAAUAUUUGCAACACAUGUCUCUUCUUGCUGAAAAAAAUAUUUCGAAGCAUCUCCUACCACUUGACGAUGAAAUGGAGGCUUACGAAGCUAUCGGAGUUUUGAGGGCGUAUGCUUUUAUUAGUGAACGAGCAGAAAAAGGCUCAUACGAUAUACACAGACUUGUUCGACUAGUGAUGCAGAAUUGGUUAGUCAAAGAGGGAGGAUUGAAAAUAUGCUCUACAUCAGUGAUGCAACGGCUCAGCAUAGCGUAUCCUCAUCCCGAUCAUGCCAAUAAGGACGCUUGGACAAAGAUUUUGCCGCAUGCGCUCGUAGCGUUGAAAUAUCAAGAGCAUUCGUCGGAUAUGGAGGCUAGGUUGAGGGUUAUGUAUGAUGUAUCGCGGAGUAUUCUUCUUCUUGGGAGAUAUAAAGAUGCUGAGCAACUGUGGCGACAAACGGUUGAUCUGUACACAACGGCGCUGGGAAUCGAGCAUCCCUAUACACUAGCGAGCAGGAGUAGCCUCGCUAAGGCACUCUACGGCCAAGGUAAAAACGAGGAAGCCAAACACAUACAUCAACAAACACUUGAGCUGCGGAUUAAAGUACUUGGUGCCGAGCACCCGGAUACCCUACUCAGCAGGACUAACCUCGCAAAUACACUUUAUUCCCAGGACCAGUACAAGGAGGCCGAGAAGAUGUACCAGCAAACCUUUGAGUUACAGGUUCAAGUACUAGGUGCUGAACAUCCCAAUACGCUUUUCAGUAUGUAUAACAUUGCAAGCGUAGCUUAUCGCCAAGGCCGGUAUAAAGAAGCCGAGCAGCUUUUCCAGAAGACUCUGGAGCUACGGGUUAAAGUUCUAGGGCCUGAACAUCACGAUACGCUAUUUACCAUGAACGGCCUUGCAAUUAUACUUUAUCUUCAAGGGCAGUACAAAGAAGCGGAGCAGAUAUUCAAACAAACUCUGGCGUUGCAGACAAAAGUAUUGGGUAUUGAACAUCCGGGCACCAUUUAUAGUAUAUAUAACCUCGCAUGUGUAUCCUAUCGCCAAGGUCGAUAUGAGGAAGCAGAGCAGCUAUUCCAACAAACGCUGGAAUUAAGAUGUAAAGUGCUAGGGCCUGAGCAUCCUGAUACAGUCUCAAGCAGCGAGAAACUCGAAUUAUCUAAGAAGGAGCAAGUAUUAGGAGCCGAAGAUCCUGAAUUGCUCUUGAGCAGAGAAAGCCUAGCUCAAUGUACGAAGGAGCAAGUGUUUCUGGCUGAGCAUUCCAACAUGCUGUUAAGCCAGGCGGUAGAUUCUGACACGGUCAUCAGCAGGGAAAAUAUUUUACUGGGUAAAAAGGAAAUUGACUUUUUUGGCUUAUUGCAGAACAUUUAUUCGUUCAUAUAUCUUAAACUGUGUUCGACAACUCCAUAG